AUCCAAAGCACAUAAAACAGCCAGAGGAGUAGACUUUACUUCAUUUGAGAACUGAACCAGUGCAGGACACACUAGAACCUGCAAUCAUGUUACCGAAAUACAAGCAAAGCUUGCAGCUCUUGCUGUCAUUGCUCCUCUCAUCCAGCACAUUAGCUCAAAAUUUUAUACCAAACUCCGCUAACUGCUGCAUCUUAGAUGAACGAUUUGGGGAGUACUGCCCAACAACAUGUGGCGUUUCUGAUUUCUUCAACAGAUACCAAUCAGAAGUAGACACAGAUUUGAGUCAACUUGAAGGAUUAUUAAAGCAAAUAACCAAUAAUACAAGUGGUACAACAACAAUAAUGCGAGAUAUUGAAAUAACAUCAAAAACCCCUGAUACUGCUCAACAGAAUCUCAUAAAUCCCAUGAUUCAGAAAUCAAGAUCUAUGUUGGAUGAAAUUACAAAAUAUGAGCUGACAGUAACUCAGAAUGAAAACACUAUACAACGUUUGCAGGAAAUACUCAAUUCAAACAGUAAUAACAUUUACUCACUAAAACAGAAGAUUUCAAGUCUGGAGUUACAAUGCCAGCAACCAUGCAGAGAUACUGUUCAAAUACAGGAAUUCACUGGGAAAGAUUGUCAAGAAGUUGCUAACAAAGGAGCACGAGUUAGUGGAUUGUACUUUAUCAAACCACUGAAAGCAAAACAGCAAUUCCUUGUAUAUUGUGAGAUUGAGCCAUCUGGCAGUGCUUGGACAGUUAUUCAAAGAAGACUCGAUGGUAGCGUAGACUUUGACAAGAAAUGGACCCCGUACAAGGAAGGAUUUGGAUACUUGUCACCAAAUGAUGUUACAGAGUUUUGGCUUGGUAAUGAAAAGAUCCAUUUGAUAAGCACACAAUCUACUAUCCCAUAUGUUUUACGGAUAGAGUUGGAAGACUGGAACAAUCAAAAGAGCACUGCUGACUAUAACACAUUUAGACUUGGGUCUGAAAAGGAUAAGUACCGCCUGACAUACUCUUACUUCAUGGGUGGUGACGCUGGUGAUGCCUUUGAUGGCUUUGACUUUGGGGAUGAUGCCAGUGACAAGUUUUACACAUCUCACAAUGGCAUGCAGUUUAGUACAAGUGACCAAGAUAAUGACAAAUUUGAUGGAAACUGUGCCGCACAGGAUGGUUCUGGUUGGUGGAUGAACAGAUGCCAUGCUGGUCACCUUAACGGCAAAUACUAUCAAGGUGGAGAUUACACUGCAGCUGAUGCUGGUCCUGAGGGUUAUGAUAAUGGAAUUAUUUGGGCCACCUGGCGUAGCCGAUGGUAUUCGUUGAAGAAAGUAUCGAUGAAACUUAUUCCUCUUAACCGAUAUGGACAAGAUGGACAGCAGAUACAUGGAGGAGCAAAGAAGGUCAAUGGCCGAGGAGACUUUGACUAGACUAAAAAUAUACAUUUCUUAAUUCUAAUAUGUAGAUCUAUAUUCAGUUUAUCCUCUACCUGUGCCUUGUUUACAAAUAAAACAUAUAUAAAGCGCUGUGCACAAGA